AGUUGAAGCGAUCAAAACUACCGAGUCGAUGCUCACUAACCUUAACCAGCAAUCCAUUCUUGAUUUUGAUAAGGGUGAUCCAACCAUGUACGAGGCCUACUGGAAAUCAAUUGGUGAAGAUUUCAAAAUCACCAUUUCAGCUUCCGAAGCCCUUAGCUACUUCGCCAACCCCAAGAGCUUCUGCUGGUUUAUGCUGCCUAAACUCGAGCAAGAAAUCAGGAAUCUCCACAAUGUGGUGGGAAACGCAGUCGUGGAAGGUCGCCACAUUGUGGUUGGGAACGGCUCCAGCCAGCUCAUCCAAGCUGCCCUUUACGCCCUCGCUGAACCCCUCGACCCCUCAAGCCCCAUCAGUGUCAUGUCUGCUGCUCCAUUCUACUCCUGUUAUCCGCAGAUAGCACACUAUAUGAGAUCAGGACUGUUCAAGUGGGGUGGUGAUGCUCAUGCUUAUGACCGUGAUGAUCAACCUUACAUCGAGAUGGUCAAUUGCCCCAACAAUCCUGAUGGCGAACUAAGGGGGCCUGUUGUGAAUAAAGCCAAUGGCAUGCUAGUUCAUGACCUUGCAUACUAUUGGCCUCAGUACACGGCCAUCACGAAGCCUGUUGAUCACAAUAUCAUGCUCUUCACCAUGUCCAAAUGCACCGGGCACGCAGGGUCGAGGAUCGGAUGGGCUAUAGUGAAGGACUCACACGUGGCAAAACAAAUGGUGAAGUUCUUGGAGAUCAGCACCAUUGGGGUGUCCAAGGAAGCUCAGCUCAGAGCUAUCAGCAUCUUGGAGAUGAUCUCCACCAACAGCUGCUCCACUAAUUUCUUCGAGUUCGGGCAGUUUGUGAUGGCUGGGCGAUGGAAGACGCUGCGAGAAGCUCUCGAGGGAACUGAUAUCUUGCAAGUCCCCAACUUCCCUCCUCGACACUGCAACUUCAAAAGAAACUAUAUUGAAUGCAAUCCAGCUUACGCCUGGAUGAAGGCCCAAGAGGGCAUAAACCUAGAGGAGGUGAUGAAAGAGGAGAAUAUUCGAGUGCGAGGAGGCGGGACUUUCGGUUGCCCUAGCAACUAUGCUAGGCUUAGUAUCCUGGGCAGGGAUAAUGACUUUGAUCAAUUUCUGAAGAAGCUUCCCUCUAUUGUUAAACGUCUAGCUCAUUCAAAGUUUUGA